UACUUUCUUUUAGAAGAGAACAGAACGCGGCAUUGAGUUGACGCACUUAGGAAGGAAGGAAGGAAAGAGCAAAGUUUCAACACUCUCUCUGAUUUGGUUUGUAUACUAUUUGGACUAGACAUAGAGGUUUUCUUCAGCAACUUCAGUGUAAGGCUUUUAUUCUUCGCCUGAAUUUUCUACGGAGCGCUGCCAUCCUAACCGCUUUGGGAAAGACACGUGCAGGCGCAAAGCCACGUUUUCUGGGAGUCAUCUGUGUCCAGAUGCGCCUAUGAUGAGAACCUGUAACCUUUCUUUAUCGUAAGAUUUAGUUGUGGUUAUAAAUAUUUGGAGUUGGUAACUUGUAGAAGAUUUUGCGUGAUUAUGACAGACGUUGAUUUUGCAACAAAACCCUUGGUGGUGUCAAACGGUUUGAGCGGUGACUGCUCAGACAAACUAGCCGGCGAGGAGGACAGUCAAGAGAGUCGGACUCUACUAAUGGUGGCAAUGAUUCUGCUGGACCUGAAUCAAUGUAUCCCGUGCACUCGUGGCACUGGCAUCAGCACCAAAUGUAUGGUGGACAGCGAUGCGGAGAAUCAAGCCGGCGGGAGAGAAAACCGGGAAAAAUGCAUGAAUGCGUUAACAGAGCGCUGCAGGGUGAAAAGGACACGGAACCGACAGUCCGGGCGUGUUGCAGCUGAGAAGAGACACUGUUGUCCGUAUGCUGGCUGUGGUAAAAUAUAUGGCAAAUCGUCCCAUCUUAAGGCGCACUUCAGAGUACACACCGGUGAGAGACCCUUUCAUUGUACCUGGCCCGACUGCGCGAAGAAAUUCUCACGCUCUGACGAGCUGACGCGACACUUUCGCACGCACACCGGGGAGAAGCGUUUCAUGUGUCCGCUCUGUGACAAAUGCUUCAUGCGAAGCGAUCACCUCACCAAACACGCCCGCAGACACGAUGGAUUCCACCCCAGCAUGCUCCAGGGUCCCACCGGAAGAAGACGACGUUCUUCGACGUCCACGUUAUCCACUGGGUCCGGUGAUCACGUGACAGCAGGUCUUUGAGCGGCAGCAGCGUAACCCAUCAUAUUCUCAAUGGGACCGACAAAAAGCAUCAACCCGUAGGGAAAUGAAAUGUAAUUGACAUUUAUUCCAAGGGUUAGGCUACUUUAAAUAAACAGAGAGGAGGUCGAGUACUACACAAUGCGUUAAAGGAAGACGUGUUGUUAGUGAAGACAUAACCAGUUGUGCAUUGUGAAACACGGGCGCGUAUCCAUGAUCAUACAGGCGAGCCUCGCCUUGAAUUGUUCAAUGUUGUGUUAUUUAGGGCAGGGGAUUUCAACCUUUUUAACAACAAGGCCCCCAAUGUACAGAAAAACAUUUAAAGGUCCCCUACAAAUACAAACCCAAUAAAAUAGUCUAGAGCUUUUGCAUAGUUAGAAAGACGUAGGCUAUGUUUCUUAUAAAAGUCACCAAACACUAAUUGAUAAUUGCAGGCAC